UCACACACUGGUACUGAAUGUGCAUCAAAGUGUUCCUACCGAGCCUAAUAUACCAAAAUAUGUAUGUAAACGACAGAAGAAGCGAUCGAAAUGUGUAUUUCAGUCGAAGGCCACGCCUCCACAUCUGUAAACCAGUUGAUCGGGGAACCAGUUAAUCCGGAACACCGGCCGGAGAGCAGCGGAGCAGCGAGAGGACUCACCCCGCCCCACCGCUGCUUCGCUUCUCAACAACAAUAUCCCUGAGGCCUUGCGGAUUUUGGCUAUUGCUAAAUAAAAAUUGUUGUUUCUCUAAGUAUCAUAAACGAAAUUAAACAAAACAUAUGUCAUGCUUCAUACGUAUUUAUAUAAUUGUUUAAACCAAUAACUUUAGAGAGAAGACUAACACUAGACAAAUACAAUGAAUAAGUAUUUUAAGCUAGUCAAUUAUGGAAUUAACGUAUUUUACACAUGAAUGCAAGAGUUGUAACAAAGUAUUCUUACACUACUACUUAACCCAAAGUAAAAAAUAGCUGAGUACUUUCUCCACUAUUGCAUUUAGCUCAGUGUCAUGGCUAGCAUACAAUUACUUACAUAUCAAGCAGAGCAGCAUGGCUGUCAUCUCUUUUCGGCCACCUGUUGAACUGAAGUCCAAUAUAUACUGGGGUUUUAUCCCUUGUUUGUUUGCUAACUGACUCCUCUUGAGUGGUAAACUGUCAGUGUGGUUUAUUUGCUAUGUUUUUUCAAGUAUAUCCUUUCUCCGUCCUUGUUGUCUUCAAGAGAGAUAGCAUUUUUAGCUUGUAGCCUAUUUGCAGGUGUGUUCACAGUGUUAAAAAAAAAGCACCGUAUUUCUGGGGUUUGAUGGUCAUAUCUGAUGUUACACGCUGAAAGUGACUGGAAACUAAAAUAGCACCUGCUCAGCGGGCAGUGAUACAUGUCCCGACCACCAGGGGCAGCACAGUUCAGUAGUUUGUAAAAUAAAUAUUCCUUUAACAUCAUUUUGCGAUUUUUUGUUGUUGAAAAUGUAAAAUAACUUCCAUAUUAAUCAGUGUAUUGCUACCAAAAACACUUCAUGAAUGGUGUAGUAUAAAUGCAACCUAUAAUUAAUGUACACAUUCAUGGUGCUGCAUGUUACUCUAACUGUGUCACAUGACAUGGAAGCUAUUAAAAAAAACAAGAAUUUUCAAUUAAGUAAAGCAAGGUUUUCAGAUAGUUUUAAUAUAAAAUAAAAGUAAAUAAUAAUUGAUGUAGCUCAACUGUUUUUGUCCAUUAUUAUUAUUAUGAUAAUUUCAUACAAGGGCGUUCAUAACUCCUUCACGUCAAACACCACCUGAACGCAGCAAGAGAAGAACCCGCUUUGCGUCAUGACGUCAGCAGGCGUGCCUUACGCACUUCCCUGAAGUUCGGAGUGUUUACAAGUGAAUCUUCCCGCGUUGGGAUCAAAACAGCUGAUUAAGGAGAGCAGCAGGCUUCACAUGGCUGUUGCCUGAAAUCUGAGGAUGAUUAAGACGGAGAGGAUCCUGCAUCUGAAGAGCUGCCGCGGGAGGAAGGUCCGUGUGGUCCGGGAACAUUAUCUGAGAGAGAGGGUCCCCUGCUACAGCUCCCUGUGUCAGGCGGGCUGUGAGAACGAUGGCAAGGUGCUGCCAGGAGACCUGACCCACUAUGUGAUUCCUGAUGCGGGGGUGUCAGGGGACUAUCUGGAGAUCCUGGAGUUCAGAGAGCUGCAGGGCAUCAUCUUCACUCAGACCUCCUGCCAGGGGGUGCAGCACAGCAAAGGACGCAGGCAAUACAAGCGUCUGCGGAACCUGCUCAAAGACCCUCGACACGACUGCGUGCCGUUUGCCAAUGAAUUUCAGGAGUAUUCAUACUGUCCACGAGAGAAGGGGGAGAGCCAGGAGAAGUGGCAGACCAGGUGUGUGUACUCUGCAGCAGUUUGGUACUACAACCACCUGGCAGGUAUGAUGGAUGUAGUGAUGAUCACUGAGGAUCAGGAAGCCGUGGCUCAGUACAGCAGCCUCAACUCUGGGGUUUACGUCAUCUCUGUCCAGGGGACUCUGAAUGUCAGCAAGCACCGCGCACACAGUGAAGCUUCAAUCAUGACGGACGGUUUGUCCAACAAGAACACAGAUCUGAGCUGGGGCGUGUUGGUGUGUGGAGGGAAGAAUCGUAACAGGGCGGUGCAUGGCGACCAGGUUGUGGUGGAGCUGUUGCCAAAGAGCGAGUGGAGAGGGAAGGACAACACCCUGGCUGAGGGUCAGGGGGAGGAGAAGAGCGGAGAGGAAAGUGGAAGUAAACCCAUGCCCACAGGCCGUGUUAUGGGGAUCCUGCAGCGGAACUGGAGGGACUAUGUGGUGACUUUCCCCCCCAGGGAGGGGCCUCCGCCCCAGACCAGGAACACCCAGCGCAUCCUGGCGGUGCCCUGGGACCAUCGCAUCCCCAAGAUCCGCAUCAGCACCCAGCAGGCCGACGCUCUGCAGGACCACAGAGUGGUGGUGCGCAUUGACUCCUGGGAGAGCACGUCGCUCUACCCCAACGGCCACAGUGUGCGGGUGCUGGGUAAAGCUGGGGAGCUGGAGACAGAGAUCCAGACCAUCCUCAUCGAGAACUGCAUCCACGUGCCUCCAUUCUCAGACGCACAGCUGAAAGAGAUGCCCGUGAACUCUGCAGAGAAGCCGUGGAGGAUGGACCCGGCUCAGGUGGCGGAGCGACGGGACCUCCGGGAGAGUCACCUGGUGUUCAGCAUCGACCCGAAGGGCUGCGAGGACGUGGACGAUACGCUGUCUGUACGCAGCCUGGCCGGCGGGAAGCUGCUGGAGCUGGGGGUCCACAUUGCUGAUGUCACACACUUUGUGACAGAGGGCUCGCUCACCGACCUGGAGGCACGUUCAAGGGCAACCACGUACUACCUGGCCGACCGCAGGUACGACAUGCUUCCCAGUGUUCUCAGUGCAGACCUCUGCUCUCUUCUUGGCGGAGUGGACAGGUAUGCGAUGAGCGUGAUGUGGGAGCUGGAUGCAGAGACCCUCGUGGUCAACAAGGUUUGGUUCGGCCGCUCGCUCAUCCGUUCCUCCUACCAGCUGCACUACGAGCUGGCCCAGGCGCUGCUGGACGGGGAGCAGGCGGAAGUGCCGGAGCUGGCCGGGCUCGGGUCUGAGGAGAAGGAUUCUAAACUAGCCCAGCUUACCCAGGCUCUGGAGAUGCUGACACACGUAGCCAGACACCUGCGGGCGCAGAGGGACCGGGGGGGGGCGCUGGAGCUGGAAGGGGUGGAGGUGCGUGCCCAGCUGGAUAAGGACAAGAACAUCACAGCGCUGGUCCCCCGUCAGCCUCUGGAGGUCCACGAGACGGUGGCUGAGUGCAUGAUACACGCCAACCACUGGGUGGCGCGCAAGAUCCAGGAGACCUUCCCCCACCAGGCCCUGCUGAGGCGCCACCCGCCCCCCCGGCAGGAGUUCUUCAGCCAGCUGGUGGAGAGCGCCACGGCCGGGGGCUUCACCAUCGAUACCAGUACUAACAAGGCUCUGGCGGACUCUCUGGACCAGGCCGUGGACCCCCAGGACCCCAUGGUGAACAGGCUGCUGAGAAUAAUGGCCACUACAGCCAUGUCCCAGGCUGUGUACUUCUCCACUGGUCUUCAGUCCCUAGACCAGUUCUACCAUUACGGUCUGGCUCUGGACCGGUACACACACUUCACCUCACCCAUCCGUCGUUAUGCCGACAUCGUGGUGCACCGCCUUCUCACCGCUGCCAUCACUAUGGACAGGGGGGUGGACCCGGGUAAAGCGUUAGCCAGCAACAAAGAACUGGAGGAAACGGCUCAUCAUAUCAACAACAAGAACAGGGCAGCCCAGCAGGCCCAGAAGAUAUCCACAGAGCUGUUCCAGUGCCUCUACUUCAAAGAGAGAGACCCUCAGUCCGACCAGAGCUGUGUGGCGGACGCCGUCAUCUACUCCAUCAGAGACAACGGCAUCCUGGUGUUCAUCUCAGAGUACGGGGUGAAAGGCCCGGUGUACCUGAGGAACCGUGAGGGCCAGGUGGUGGCAGUGGGACCGGAGGGCAGCUGUGAGUGGCAGAGCGGCUCUGUGAGACGAUACUCAGACCACAUCUCCACCACCUCCAGCUGUGGCACCUCCACCUUCAGGCUGUUCGACCACAUCUCUGUUCGUAUUUCUGUGCGCUCCACGAACUGCCACGCUGACACCCUAACCCUGGAGGUCACCAGCAACAGACCCCUCCUCAGUGCGGGGCCCCAGCAGCCCCGCUCCCAGGGCCGCAGCCAGCUGGUGCAGGAGGUGAAGCGCCUGGCGGAGGAGGCGGCCCAGGAGAAGGCGGCCCGGAAGCCCAAAGUCUCUAAAGAGGAGAGGGAGUUCAGCCAGAGCAAGACCCCCAACCUGUACUCCCUGCUGGAGGAGAUCAGAGAGCUGGCUCUGCUCGAUCUGGAGGGGGGGGCGCAGGUCUGUGAGACCACAGCCUAGAGACGCGCAACAUUCAUUACUACUGAUAUUUCCAUAAUACAUAAUCUAGAUGAUAGAGGCCCCAAGCAGAAGAGGCUUAUUUUAUUGUAAAAUGUACUAAGCAUUCUUUGAUUCGUGGCAGCAGAUGUUUUGUUAUUUAUUAUCUGAAUUAUUUUUUACCUUUAAGUGACAAUUGCUUGAUAAUGUGGUGUGUAAAUAAGUUCUUUGAUAUUAAAUGAGAUGAGAAAUGUUCUGUUUCUGUGGACAUUCUUCUUA